ACCGUAGGCAGAGCGCCGCCGCCGCCUUCCGCGUCUGGGCGAGGAAGCGGCAGUGCUUUUCUCCCUCCCUGGCGUUCUCGGGAAAGGCGGGAAAAUGGCGGUAGUCUUCGGCGUCCCGCGGAGCCGCUUUGUGGUGGUGGGCGGAGGCAUCGCCGGAGUUACCUGCGCCGAGAAGCUGGCCCUGGACUUCCCGUCAGAAGACAUUUUGUUAGUGACAGCUUCUCCAGUUAUAAAAGCUGUAACAAAUUUCAAACAGGUCUCAAAAACACUUGAGGAAUUUGAUGUGGAAGAGCAACCAAGUUCUCUGUUAGAACAACGAUAUCCCAAUAUUAAAGUUAUCCACUCUGCUGUAAAACAAUUGAAAAGUGAUGAGCAUAAAAUUUUCACUGAAGAUGGGAGAGAAUAUAUGUAUGAGAAACUUUGCCUGUGUGCUGGAGCAAAACCUAAAUUAAUUUUUGAAGGAAACCCAUAUGUGUUAGGAAUUCGGGAUACUGACAGCGCACAGGCUUUUCAGAAGAAUUUGGCUCGAGCUGAGAGAAUAGUAGUGGUUGGUAAUGGUGGGAUUGCACUUGAAUUAGUGUAUGAAAUUGAAGGCUGCGAAGUAAUCUGGGCUAUCAAAGACAAAGCCAUUGGAAACACUUUUUUUGAUGCAGGAGCAGCUGAAUUUCUUAUUCCAAAACUGACUGCUGAAAAACAAGAGACUCCAAUUGAAUGUAAAAGAACCAAGUAUACAAUGGAAGGAAGUGAGAAGAAAGAAAGGGCCGCAUCUGACAAACUGGGCAGUGCUUUAGGCCCUGACUGGCAUGAAGGCCUACAGCUGAAAGGAACCAAAGAGUUUUCUCAUAAAGUACAUAUUGAAAUACUAUGUGAAGUGAAGAAAAUACACUCACAGCAAGAAUAUAUACAACUGCAACAGACUUCCUUGGCUUUUCCUAAGGAGGGGAAGAAUGUAGAACCAGAUGAAGUUCUGUGGCCUGUAUAUGUGGAAUUAACUAAUGGAAAAAUUUAUGGAUGCAAUUUCAUUGUCAGUGCAACUGGAGUUGUGCCAAAUGUGAAACCAUUUCUUGAUAGCAAUAAUUUUGCUGUAGGUGAAGAUGGAGGCCUUAAAGUAGAUAAACACAUGCACACAUCCCUGCCAGACAUCUAUGCAGCUGGGGAUAUCUGCACGGCGGCGUGGGAACCCAGCCCUGUGUGGCACCAGAUGAGACUGUGGACUCAAGCUAGGCAGAUGGGAUGGUAUGCAGCAAAAUGCAUGGCAGCAGACGCUUCAGGAGAGUCUAUUGAUCAGGAUUUCUGCUUUGAAUUGUUUGCUCAUGUAACAAAAUUCUUCAAUUACAAGGUGGUGGUUUUGGGAAAAUUCAAUGCUCAAGGCUUGGGUUUAGACCAUGAACUAAUGCUGAGAUGUACCAAGGGACAAGAGUAUGUUAAAGUGGUGAUGCAGAAUGGACGAAUGAUGGGAGCGGUGCUGAUCGGUGAAACAGACUUGGAAGAAACUUUUGAGAACUUGAUUUUAAAUCAGAUGGACCUUUCAGCUUAUGGUGAAGAUCUCCUGAAUCCAGAUAUUGAUAUAGAAGAUUAUUUUGAUUGAAUGAAAACCAAUUUCUAUUUUGUAUACAGUUUUAAUACUGACUAUUUGUCUUGUGAAAUGUCUUCUGGGGUUUACCAGAAAACAGGGAGAAGUGCAAUUCUUUAUUAAGAUCUUUGAGUUGAUGUCAAAUUAGUAAAAGGCAAAUAAGGUCAAUCUGGGUAGAAAUGCAGCAGCAAAAGCAAGUUGAUUAAUGUUAGCAAUGAUUUGAUCUAGAUUAGAUGAGAAUAUGGAAGCAGGGCUAUUGCAUUCCUGAAAAGCAGGCUUCGUUGUGCUGUUAAGAUAACACUGCAUUCAGUUCAGGGUGGUCUUCACUGUUGGAAAGAAUGUAAAUAAAGCACUACAUAAUACAUGUUAAAUCCAGUGCCUUCCUACUGGGGGAAGAACCAUGCAUAAUGUUCUACAAUCUAUUCCACUUACAUCCUUCUGCUGCUAAUAACUUCAAGUACUUGGCUCAGGUUUUAAGUCUCCUGUUCCAGCUAACAGCACCAUCACUUUCAAGCUGGCACAUAAAGCUCUUGCCAUCUGCAGUGUAGCUUGCAAAUACAGAACAAACUGGAUGCUUUAUGUUUGUUUCAGGUAUUGUGGUAGAGCUGAACUGAUGCAUCCUGUGUGAUUUUCAACAGGAGCAGUGUGAAGCCACUCCAAGGAGGGGUUGGCAUAAGGCCACUGGUGGCUGUCACUUGCAGAGAUCUUAUCAGAUCUGUAGAGCAGACUGCUGGAUGUAUAUCUCAUUAGGUAGAUGGUACUGGGUGCCAUCCAUCACUGCUGGAAAGUGUGUGGCCCUAUGCACAAAGCUGAUAUUGGACAUUUUGCACUCUCAAUACUAAUUGUUUUAAAGAUUUUUCUUAAACUUUUGUGCUUUUUAUGCUGAUGGGGUUCAAGCAGAGAACUAUUGCAGUCAGAUUAAGAAGUCAUUCGAGGUUCUUUGUCCUUGCAGCUUUCUGCCCUCUCCUUGCUUACAGUCAUGCAUGUUGGUUCCAGGAAGGAAUUUCUGGAGGUAAGAAAUUCAAAUUUGACUUUUGGUAACUAAUGGUAAGCCCCAUUUUUGCAACUUAGUAAUAUGUUUUAAGAUUUAUUUUUUUAUCUAAAUUAUUUUAAAUAUAAGUCUUGAAUUAUAACACGCUACCUGCAUGUAUGUUUAGUUAUGGAAGAUGUACUGUAGUCGUCAUGAUACAUACACGCAAGUUUGCAUAUGUUACUUUCUUUGUGACAAGUAAUAAUAGUUACACUAAGUGCCUCAUUUCCUAGUGAUAAAAUCCAACUAUUGAAGCUAUUCCUUAACAUUGUCCUCAUAUUCUAUAGCAUCGUUCAUGGACACAAAUUGUUUCAUACUUGAUUUUGAUCUGGAGUUGAGAGUUACUAUUCAGGAUUAAACUAAGAGUGUUUCUUUGUACAAAGCUGGCAUUACAUACUGGAACUUCUCCCAGAAAACUACUCUAAUUAUUUUGAAGAGAAUGACUGUUUAAUUAAAUGAAUUAAUUCUAUUUUUGGCAAAGCUUUUAAUUAAUUGAUGCAUGAAAACUCUAAGCUUCAGUCAUGGAAUUCUAUCAGAAGAAUAAAGGUGAAGAGCUCUACUUGAA